AUGCAGUUGACCUCGGGGCUCUUAGUGAUCAAAGCCGCCAUACGCGAAACGGAGGAGGGAGCACGGUAUAUGGGGGUGUGUUAUGAGUGUCUAGCGUCAUUGAAGAGAAACAAGAUGCCUCUUUUUUCUUUGACGAAUGGGUUAUGGGUGGGAGACAUACCCGAUGAGAUAGCCGAUUUAACAAUUCCUGAGCAGAUGCUACUCGCUCUGGUCUAUCCUCAUUGUUUCGUGUUCAAGAUGCAUCCAGUUAAUUCUCGUGGGAUCGAUCCAGACUCAAUGCAACGCGGAAUGGUUGGAAAUGUUACAAGUUACGACAUGGACACGGGAGAGAUCAUUGAUAUGCUGGAAGGAAGAAAGAUGCCUCGACGCACCCGGAUUCUCUCAUCUGUCAUCGCCGUGACUUAUCUGGGACGAGGGCAUCUGCCGAAGCAUUGGCUCAAGAGCACUUUCCGCGUCCGUCGUAGGAAGGUACUUCUUGCAUUACAGUGGCUGAUUGCGAACAAUCCUUUGUAUGCGGGAUUCGAAGUGGACAUGGAUAUAGUAUCAUCCCUUCCAGAGGAUGAUGUGCCAUUAGAGAUUCUGGCGGCAGUGAGACAAGAAGUGGAUGUUAGUUUGCUGAAUAGGGAAAAUGACAGUUACACUGCAAAUGACGAGAGCGGAGGUGGGUUAACAUGA